AAUGCGCAACAAAGUUACAACGAUGCUGGUGCUGGAUGCCGACGGACGGCGAUCAAAGACAGACCUCCCCGGACACGAGUCGUAAGUUUUGUUUGACCACGACCACGGCUGUUCAGUGUUCACUCGUCUCGUUUUCUCCGGGAACGGCAGGGAGAUGGCUGACGCCGGCGGCACCGCCUCUGCCGCGGCCGGCGAGGCAUUCUGGACGGCGUGCCCGCACUGCUGCCAUGUGCACUCGUACCCGCGCCCCUACCUCGGGCUCCGCCUCCGCUGCCCGGUCCCGGCCUGCCGCCGCGCCUUCCCCGCCUCCGAGCUCCCCGCCGUGCCGCCCGUCGUUCCCGGCGCCGACAUGUACUUCUGCACCUGGGCAUUCUUCCCGCUCGGACCGCCCGCCACUGCCGACGGCUGGGUUCCCUUCACCCCGUUCCACCACUUCAACCCCCCGCCCUCCCCCUCCCCGGCCCCCGCCCCAAACCCCACCGCCGCAUCCGCCGACACGCCAUCCCGCCCGACAUCCAGGAGGAGGGUGGGGGUGUGCCUCAAGGGCAGGGCACGGGCCGAGGCGGAGGAGGAAGAGGAAGCGACCGCCGCCGCCAUCAGUUUCGAGGCCGAGGCGGGUGGGCUCGGGGAAAGGUACGAUAGCGGCAUCGACAUCAACGAGACGGUGGACCUCAGCGACCUGGGUUUCCGCGUCGACGAGAUGGGGGUCCUCCACGACCUGCCAUGAGCCAGUUUUGGGGCGGAGGAACAAGGGAAAGAUUCUGGGAGUUUGAGAGUUGAGACACUGUUUUGUGGGAGGAGUUGAAAGUGUAAGGUUAGAUCCGUGCCUUUCCUACAAGGAAUUUACUUAAUCUCGCAUCAACGUAUGUGAAAUUAUUAGUUUUUGUUUCUGCCCAGUAUUACUUAAUCUCGCAUCAACGUAUGUGAAAUUAUUAGUUUUUGUUUGUGCCCAGUAUCAUCUGAUUGUGCUGCUAUCUUGAGGAUGUCCUUUGUGUUUGCUGAAAUUAAUUGUGAGGUACUGAUGCUUGGUCCUACUCGCAUCACUUGUUUGUGGGCUUUCUGAUGCAAUGUUCCUGGGAGUUUGACUCAUGUGCUUUUUUUAAAAAAAAUGCUAGGAAAAGGCCCUCUGUUGGUGUGCAACCCAAUUGUAUUCAAUCAAAGGAUUAGGCUUUCUGGCAUUUUGCAUCAAUGUAGUUUCGUAUUCAAUCUGGUACCUUGAAAGUUCAAAUUUUUAAUGGAUCUAGAUGGCCCCAUCUUGAAGAACUGGCAUAUUUGAUAUUUAUAUAUUUUUUAAGGAAUCACGUAACACUUAUGGAAGCAGGAAUCAUGUAACAUUUCUGCAGCUUUCCAUUUCUUUCAUGCUCAAAUUUUAUCUGAUCUUUGCAUCCCCAUAAUUUGGAUACUGUGACAUGUGUUGCUGAAGCUUCUGAUGUUUAUUAUCCUUGCUUCAUAUAUAUCUUUGGUUAGUGAUGAUAUAAUAGUAGGAACCCUUGGUGUAUAGUUUUGAUAUAAUAUUAUCGGAGGGUGGCUUCCUCAAGAUGUGAUCUGUUAGGUUUAUCAAGCUUAACAGUGCUGAAUCUUAUUUGCAAGAAGAUAAAAUGUUCUAUGAGAAUGGAAGCACACAAAUUGUUGCAUUUCCUUUUUCGUUUAUGUUCAAAUUGCAUGUGAUCUAUUGAUCUUAGAGAUGCCUGUAAUGUGGAUACAGUUAUGCUUUUUUGGUGAAGCUUCUGAUGUUCACUCUACUUCCUAGAUAAAUAUAUUUGGUUAGUGAUGUGAAUUGUGAUAAUGCCGGUAUCGCUUGGAUUGUAGCCAUAUAAUAGAUUACCUGGACAAGAAAAUAGGCUCCAAGUUUGGCAAUGUCAGCAUCUUAUUUACAAAGAAAAAGUUAGCUUAUGUCGCAAUGCUGAUUUUUGCUUCCAUUUGGGAUAUUUAGUGUUUAUUUUGCAUUGUUUAUGAAAAUCUGGAGUGAAGAGGUUGCAACUUUUGCUAAGCUUAUAAGCUAGUGUUUUUUUACUCUGAACUUGGAUAUUUUGGUGUUUAUUUUGCGUUGAUCAUGAAACCUAUAGUGGAGAAGUUGUGACUUUUGCUAAGCUUUUUGCUUCCGGUUCGCAGAUUUGUUGUUCUUUUUUGCGUUGGUGAUGAAAAUCAGGGGCCAAGGGGUCGGGACUUUUGCUAUGCUACUUGUUUCUUGCUCACUGUCCGCAGAAGUUUAGGGUGAUAACCUUCCAGGUGCAAGUGUGCAACUUAGGAUGCUUGAAACAUCGAGAGUCCUACAAAUAGAUUAGCAUUUCGGUUCUUUUGCUGUGGUGUUCUUUUGAUUAGGGUUUCACCUGUCUCAGCUUUAUUUGGUUAAUUUGUCAUCAAUUUGACAGAAGACAUGUGAGGUGAUCAGCUCUGCAUCGCAGGUAUUAUGUUUUGCAUCCUGUCACUUUUCAGAUACAUGAAGCAUUUUUACAUGUAGCGUUUGGCGUGAUACAUGAGCAACAAGGAAACUUCCAAUGCGAGGUUGGUGGGAUAGCUUCGUUUUUCACAUGAGAUGGUUGAGUGGCUCCCUUGCUGCUCAUAAUGUAGAUAUUGUAGGUAACUUUCAGUGCUUAAUGUGGCAGUGACUGAAGAUCUGAUUCAGUGAUGCUCAGCAUUGGAGAUUCAUCAUGAAAAUGUGGACCUAAACGAGUUUUGCACAAAUGUAUUGGUCUUGCACCUGAUGUUUGUUGUAAAUUAACAUGAGUACAGGGUGAUAAGCUUCCAGACUUGGUUUCAAGAUAACUCAGUCUUUAGGUAGUUCCGUUGU